AAAGAACAGUCAGGAGAAUGACACAAAAGACCGAACAACAAUGGAGAGCAGUGCUGUCUCCCCAACAGUUCAAAGUGCUGAGAGAAAAGGACACUGAGGCUCCCAACACUGGAGAGUUCAACAAACACUCGGCCAAUGGAACCUAUACCUGUUCUGGAUGCAAUACUCCCCUGUAUAGCUCCACUACAAAGUUCAAUUCUGGCUGUGGAUGGCCUGCAUUCUAUGAUGCUAUUCCAGGAGCUAUCACUCGCCAUGAAGACAGAUCUGGCGGAAUGCUGCGCAUAGAGAUUGUUUGCACUGCAUGUGGAGGCCAUUUGGGCCAUGUCUUCAAAGGUGAGGGAUUCAAAACCCCAACUGAUGAGCGUCAUUGUGUCAACUCCAUCUCUCUCAAGUUUAUCGAUGACAAACAAUAAAAACUGCCAUGACUAUAGUGAACGCC